CACCGUUAGUUUUCUACAUCCACGCCCCGCCGUUUCUGCUGUCUCGCCGCCGCCCCCUUAUUGCAGUUCUCUCUCCCUCUCUCUCUCUCUCUCGCUCUCUCGUCCCAAAACCCUAAACCCUGCCCGUCAUCCCCUAAUUCACAAACGAAGAAGUACAAGAUUGUCGUUUGAUCGAUUGAAUCAUUCGUUUCUUCUGCGAGUGUAUACAGAACAGUAUAUACGUACCCAUAUACAGUCUCGCAUAUACCUUUUGCCAGUAGAAUUUGGCUCUCCUAGUUCCACAGAUUUUAUUCCAGAAUGUCCAAAGAAUCGGGUAAUGGUACAACUGGAGAAUCUUUAGAGAAGCUCAGGGCUCUUCAAAUUACUUCCCUGGAAGAGGAGGAAGACGACGAAGAUCAAGUUAACGGUGAAGGCAGUGGUAAUUUUUUUGACGAAGAUGAUGAUGAAGAAGAAGAGCAAGUAGCUGUAACCCUAGGUUUUGUCGAAAAGCCGAAGAAACGGUGGUCGCUUCUUCGCCAGUUGUUUCCAAGCAAGGCUGGGGGCUCACCUGCUUGGUUGGAUCCGAUUGAUUUGCCCUCGGGAAGAUCUUGUCUCUGUGACAUUUGCGGCGAGCCUUUGCAGUUCCUGCUUCAGGUGUAUGCACCACUCUCGGAGAAGGACUCUACAUUUCAUCGCUCAUUAUAUAUCUUCAUGUGUCAAUCGAUGGGUUGUCUUCUGCGAGACCAACAUGAGCAAUGGAAACGCCAACAAGGGAAGGCAUCUCGAAGUGUGAAGGUUUUCCGUUGCCAACUAGCCCGCUCGAAUCCUUAUUACUCAAGUGAACCCCCAAGACGUGAUGGAACUGACAAACCUUCCGGAAUUGGAGCUGCACUCUGCAGUUGGUGUGGUACCUGGAAAGGAGAUAAAGUUUGUAGCGGAUGUAGAGAAGCACGUUAUUGCUCAGACAAACACCAGGCUAUGCACUGGAAGUCAGGUCAUAAAAUUGAAUGUCUACACUCGAGAAUUUCUCCUCAGUCAUCUAACAGUUGCCCCACUACCAGUUCAGCAGAUAUACAAAAAGCUGCAAGCAACAGCACGUGGCCUGAAUAUGAGAUCUUAAAUGAGGAUGAACCCGAGCUUGACACAGAAAUGUCCGAAGAUAGUGGACAUGCUAAUGCAUUGGUUCCAGAGAGCCAUGCGGAUGAAACAGUCAAGUCAUUGCUGGACAAAUUUGAGGGUGAUCCGGACAGAAAGAGCUUGGCCUCCUUCCAGGAGCGCAUGGCCAGGGCCCCUGAGCAAGUUCUAAGGUAUUGUAGGUUUGAAAGGGCUAAACCCUUAUGGCCCAUGUCUAGUGGCCGACCAUCCGAGACUGAUAUUCCGAAAUGCACUCAUUGUGGUGGCAGUCGCAAUUUUGAAUUUCAGAUUCUGCCUCAGUUGCUUUAUUACUUUGGCGUGAAAAAUGAGGUGGAUUCGCUUGAUUGGGCAACUAUUGUUGUGUACUCAUGUGAAGCCUCUUGUGAGGGAAGCAGAGCUUACAAAGAGGAGUUUGUUUGGGUUCAGCUUGCUUCUCAAUCUUCUACAGUACCAUGAUGAUACAUCGCGUUUUUGACAAGUUUCACAUACUACUCCGUUUUUUUACCCGCUUGGCCUUGGGAAUAUAGGAAAACACUAUUCGUUUUUCCUGCAUGUCAUAUUGAUUCUAGUUUUCUGAGAAUAUGGAAGUCUUCACAAAUGAAGCAAGUUCUUUUGCAUUUCUGCUAUCCGGACAAUA